GAAACGCACAAUCCCUCGGGCCGGGCCCUGCCUGCCGUCGUCUGGGACUUCUACCAGAAUGGCUGCUCCCUGCGGCUCCUCUGCCCACAGGCUUUCUCCCCCACCGUCUGGCACUUCCUCUCCAUCCUGCAGGAGCAGUUUGGCAGCAUGGUGGGAGCCAACACAUACCUCACGCCACCAGGGACACAGGGCUUCGCCCCCCACUACGAUGACAUCGAGGCCUUUGUGCUGCAGCUGGAGGGGAAGAAGCACUGGCGCGUCUACAGCCCCCGGACGGAUGCCGAGGUGCUGCCCCAGUUCUCCAGUCCAAACCUAACGCAGGCUGAGCUCGGUGAGCCUGUGCUGGAGACGGUGCUUGAGGCCGGGGACCUGCUGUACUUCCCCCGUGGCUUUAUCCACCAGGGCGACUGUCUCCCUGAUGCACACUCGUUCCACAUCACUGUGUCUUCCUACCAGAGGAAUUCCUGGGGGGACCUUCUGGAGAAGCUCCUCCCAGCUGCCCUGCAGAUGGCCCUGGAGGAGGAUGUGGAGUACCGGCGAGGGCUUCCCAUGGACUACCUGGGGUACAUGGGGGUUGCCAACUCAGAUGCAGUUGAUGCUCGGCGAACAGCCUUUGUGGAGAAGGUGCAGAGCCUGAUAAAGAGACUUAUUGACUAUGCACCCAUUGAUGCUGCUGUGGAUCAGAUGGCCAGGUCAUUUCUUCAUGACUGUCUGCCCCCUGUGCUUACACAGAGUGAAAAGGCGCAAAGUAUCUAUGGCUUCCCAGCCCGGUGGCAAGAUGGAGGCCCUCACAAUGUUGAUAUACAGAUAACAAAAGACACCGAAAUACGCCUCCUCCGCCAUGGCAUUGUUAGAUUAUGUAAUGAAGAAACAGGUGUGAUGCUGUAUUACACGACAGAAAACUCAAGAGUGUAUCACAAAGAAGAACCCAAGUUCUUUGAGCUAGAUCCUGAGUAUACAGACAGUAUCGAAUUUCUGCUGUCUUCCUAUCCAAAUCACAUCAGUGUGGGUAACCUUCCAUGUGAAACCUUGGAGGAGAGGAUUUCUCUAGCCACACUCCUGUUUGAGAAGGGCAUUCUGACUACGAAGAAGCCUCUGGUGCAAGUGUAACUCUUAUUUUUUAACAAAAUAAACAUACAUUUGUUUAGGAA